GGUGAUGAUGAUUGGAUAAGGCCGAUCACCGUCAGAUUCAAACGUUGCGAGUUUCUGACCUUCCGAUCCGACCAGAGAGGCUUUAAGGAUUUGGUUUGGGUAGAGGAUUCCUUCUUUUAUCUUCAACUCUGCCGAGGUUUUAGAGGGGGAGAGAGAGAGAGAGAGAGAGAGAGAGAGAGGGAGAGGCUCGAAAUGGCUACGGGUACGGGGGUGGGGCUAUCGUGGCCGUCGAAGCUCCAUCGGAGGCCCAAUUCAGUCCCUCCGUCUUCGCCGUCACGGUCUUCUGCCCGUUGCGCCGUCAGAAUGACCCUCUCUGUUGACGAGAAAACGAAGAAUUUGUCUCUCAAGAAGUCCGAGGAAGCUUUCAACGUCGCCAAGGAAUUGAUGCCGGGAGGUGUAAAUUCUCCUGUACGUGCUUUCAAAUCAGUUGGUGGACAGCCUAUUGUAAUGGAUUCUGUCAAGGGCUCUCACAUGUGGGACAUAGAUGGCAAUGAGUACAUAGAUUAUGUUGGUUCAUGGGGGCCAGCCAUCAUUGGACAUGCAGAUGAUAAGGUACUUGCAGCCUUGGCUGAAACAAUGAAGAAGGGAACAAGCUUUGGUGCUCCAUGUCUUCUAGAAAAUGUUCUGGCAGAGAUGGUCAUCUCAGCUGUUCCAAGCAUAGAAAUGGUCCGCUUUGUCAAUUCAGGCACAGAAGCUUGCAUGGGUGUUCUCCGCCUAGCUCGUGCUUUCACUGACCGGGAGAAACUAAUCAAGUUUGAGGGUUGCUACCAUGGUCAUGCAGAUCCAUUUUUGGUCAAGGCAGGCAGUGGGGUUGCUACCCUAGGUCUCCCUGAUUCCCCUGGUGUUCCCAGAGCAGCCACCUUCGAAACAUUGAUAUCCCCAUUCAACAAUAUCUCAACUGUUAAAAGACUGUUUGACGCAAACAAAGGAGAGAUUGCUGCAGUCAUACUCGAACCCGUUGUUGGGAACUCAGGCUUCAUUGCUCCUAAACCAGGUUUCCUUGAGGACCUCCGGAAGAUAACCAAAGAAAACGAUGCUCUUCUGGUAUUUGAUGAAGUUAUGACCGGGUUUCGUUUGUCUUAUGGUGGAGCUCAGGAAUAUUUCGGAAUAACUCCCGAUUUAACCACUCUCGGAAAGAUAAUUGGUGGCGGCCUGCCCGUCGGUGCAUAUGGAGGAAGAAGGGAUAUCAUGGAGAUGGUUGCACCAGCAGGACCGAUGUAUCAAGCCGGCACUCUCAGUGGAAACCCUUUGGCAAUGACAGCAGGAAUCCACACUCUUGAACGGUUGAAAGAGCCCGGCAGUUAUGAGUAUCUAAACGAGAUAACAAGCAUGCUUAUUCAGGGUAUCAUUGACGCUGGAAAGAAGGCCGGGCAUGCAAUUUGUGGCGGGUAUAUAAGCGGCAUGUUUGGGUUUUUCUUCACAGAAGGGCCUGUCUAUGAAUUUGCAGAUGCAAAGAAGAGUGACACAGCCAAGUUUGCAAGGUUCUACAGAGGCAUGCUUGAGGAAGGGGUCUACUUUGCACCUUCACAGUUUGAGGCUGGGUUUACUAGCUUGGCACACACCAAAGAGGAUAUCCAGCGAACCAUAGAAGCGGCUCAAAAGGUUUUCCGGCGACUUUAAACCCCUUGUCUCUGGCUUCUUAUAUGUUGCCAUGAGUUUUGAAUCUUCAUAGCCAAUAACGGGCAUUCUUUUUCUAGCUUUCCUUUGUUUGAGAAGCUGUUUGCUCUGUCAAACCUUUUGUACCAUUUUCCAUCUUCAUUGUAUCAUCUAUUACCUAGAAAGCAUGUUGCACUGCUACUUGCAUUUGUAACUUAAAAAGACCUUUUCUACAAUGUUCUUUAUUGAUUGUAUCAUUUUUUGCUCA